GAACAAAAACAGUAACACUCCAUCAUUCAUUAUAGUUUUCCAAGGAAAAACAAAUGUCGUCAAUCGAAGAAGAGGAACUGCGUCGCCGGAAACUGGAAGAAGCCCUCGAAGUGAAAUCCCUCCGUCGUAUUAUCAGCGCCUAUCUCAACUAUCCUGAGGCUGCUGAGGAGGAUAUUAGAAGAUACGAAAGAUGCUUCAGGAGGCUUCCACUUGCCCACAAGGCGCUGUUGUCGCACCUUCCUCUGAAAUUUCAGAAACUUAGAUGGAGUGUCUCACAGAAUUCCUAUUUCAUAUUUGAAAUGCUUAAGGCUUUUGAUCCCCCUCUUGAUAUGAGUGCCGACAUUCACAUUUCUGAAGAUCAAGUUAUGGAGAAUUCUUCAGAUAACCAUCUUUUGUCUGGUGAGAGGAACCUUCUUCCUUGUCAGUCUGGCUCAAAUAGUGGCAAACUACGAUUGACUAAUGCUGAUGAACUUGGCUGUGGGGAAGGUAGCAUUGGAACAGAUGGGUCUCUCAAACAAGAAACUGUCAGUGAGAAAACAAAGGAGGAGAAAACUGAAUCUCUGAACAACAAUGUGGGGUGCUCAGGAGGCAUCAAUUGUAACGGAGAGAUAGAUGCUGUUAACAAUGGUUGUGAGGACGUCAACAAUUCUCUGCCAUUACCUUCUACGCAUGAUUGUCAUGGACAUGUAUCCUCAUCAUCACCAGAUUGGUUGGACCCAUCCUUACAGUUUCAUGUUCCUUUAGUUGAUGUGGAUAAGGUGCGGUGCAUCAUAAGGAACAUUGUCAGGGAUUGGGCCGCUGAGGGUCAGCAAGAACGUGAUGAGUGCUAUACACCAAUCCUUAAAGAACUUGAACGACUUUUUCCACAUCGUUCUAGAAACAGUCCUCCUGCAUGUUUAGUUCCUGGAGCUGGACUUGGAAGGUUAGCAUUAGAAAUCUCAUGUUUGGGUUUUAUAAGCCAGGGAAAUGAGUUUUCUUACUAUAUGAUGAUAUGCUCCAGUUUUAUACUAAACCAUGCUCAAAUUGCUGAGGAGUGGACCAUAUAUCCAUGGAUACACAGUAAUUGCAAUUCACUUUCAGAUGAUGACCAGCUUCGCCCUGUUUCAAUUCCAGAUAUUCAUCCAGCUAGUGCAGGGAUUACUGAAGGCUUCUCAAUGUGUGGGGGUGAUUUUGUUGAAGUAUAUAAUGAUCCAAGCCAAGUAGGAGUCUGGGAUGCAGUUGUGACAUGUUUCUUUAUUGAUACGGCACACAACAUUGUUGAAUAUAUUGAAAUUAUCUCAAGAGUUCUAAAAGAUGGGGGUGUCUGGAUAAAUUUGGGGCCCUUGCUUUAUCAUUUUGCGGAUAUGUAUAAUCAGGAAGAUGAGAUGUCAAUUGAGCUGAGCUUGGAAGAUGUUAAGAGGGUUGCCUGUCAUUUUGGAUUUGAGAUGGAGAAGGAAUCAACAAUUGCCACAACUUACACAACAAACGCAAGAUCGAUGAUGCAGAACCGAUAUUAUGCGGCAUUUUGGACCAUGAGGAAGAAACCUCUUCCACAGAGAGAGAACAGGUCAUGACAUUAUUUAUUGUCUGCCAUAAAUUAUUUAACUAGCUGAAAAAUCAUACGCAGUUGUGGUCAAAGGCAGUGCACAUGAAAAGCUUUAUUCUGAGUUUUCUCAUUUUGUAUUGAACUCGAACUUUUGUUUAGUAUAGUUAGGAAUGUGAAACUCAAGAUGAAUGUAACUGAACUUUUUCAUUUCACUUCUGUUGGUGAUUAGUUUUCAUGUACUCGUAUUAUCUAUAAGGGAUAGAUUGUAGUGCUGUCAAAUAUAGAUUAUUACUUUGAUGCUGUGGAGUGGUUGUCAUAUGCAUCAAAUUGGAUAGAGGAUGACCAUAUGCUGUUAUAAUUUCAGGCAAGCCUGUGAACAAUGUAGAUAUUGUUUCUUUC